AUGUCACCCCACAGGAAUGGAAACCUCUCAGUGAUGAUUUUGCAAGACUUUGUGUUGGAUGGAUUUGAUUGUGGUCUGCAGACCCAGUUCCUGCUCUUUGUUUUGUUCCUGGCCCUGUACGUGGUGGCCAUCCUGGGGAACAUCACCCUGAUCAUGGUCAUCACCCUGGAUGCCCGUCUGCACUCCCCAAUGUACUUCUUCCUCAAGAACCUCUCCCUCCUGGACUUGUGCUACUUAUCUGACAUCUACCCCAAGGCCCUUGCCGAUUUCCUGUCCUCCUCCAAGGUCAUCACCUUUGCAGGCUGUGCUACCCAGUUCUUCUUCUUCUCCCUGCUGGUCACCACUGAGGGAUUCCUCUUGGCUGUGAUGGCCUAUGACCGUUUCAUGGCUGUCUGCAGCCCCCUGCACUACCCCACCACCAUGUGCCCCUCUACAUGUAUCCGACUGGUGCUGGGCUCCUACUGUGCAGGCUGCUUCAACUCCAUCGUGCAGACUAGCUUCACAUUCAGCCUCCCGUUCUGCAGCUCCAACCACAUCGACCACUUCUUCUGUGAUGUGCCCCCUUUGCUCAAGCUUGCCUGCGCUGACACAUCCAUCAAUAACCUAAUCAUGUUUGGCAUCUCUGGCCUCAUCAUCAUAGGCACCACACUUGUGGUCCUCAACUCCUAUGGCUACAUCACAGUGACCAUCCUGAGGAUGCGCUCAGGAGCAAGGGGACACAAACUCCUCUCCACCUGUGGAUCCCACAUGACAGCUGUGUCCCUCUUUUAUGGGACCCUUUUUGUCAUGUAUGCGCAGCCAAGGGCUAUGGAGUCCAUGGAGCAGGGCAAGGUGGUCUCUGUCUUCUACACCUUGGUCAUUCCGAUGCUCAACCCCCUCAUCUACAGUCUGAGAAACAAGGAUGUGAAGGAUGCCCUGUGGAGACUGGGCCAGAAGCACACAGCCACGUGA